GUUCUUAUAUCUUUUAUGUCUCUUAUAUCUCUUAUAUCUCUUAUAUAUCUUCUUCUUCUCUUCUUCUCUUCUCUAGUCUCUUCUCUUCUUCUCUUCUCCUCUCAUCACACGGCUCGAUGCUCUGGCUCUGGCGCGGGCACUGCCCCAGGUCCGGCUGGUUCGGUUCAAGCCUUAGUCCCGGUUCCGAACCACCCGCCCGCAGAUCAUGAAAAUCUUCUCGUUUCCGUCCUCGGCUGAUACUCAGUCCUCUUCUAUCUACUCUCACUACUACUACUCAUCCACAGCAAUGGCAAACUACGUCGUCGAGCACAUGGAAGACGGAAUCUUUCCGUGGGUGCUCCUCGAGUACCUCGCCGUGUCCAAGGACGUCGGGGGUGCGGACCACUUCUUCCUCACCUCCAUGAACCCGGACCUGCACGCCUCCCUCCCUCCCCAGCUCGCAGACAAAUCCGUCGUCACCACAACCACAGACGAAGUCAUCGCACUCCCUGCUGUCUCUGCUGCCGCCGCUGCCGGACGCGUCUGUCUGCUCGACCCCGGCGCAGAGCAGGAGCUCGUGCCGGAAGACGGCGACAGAUUCGACUGGUACGUCUUUGGCGGAAUCCUAGGCGACCAUCCGCCGCGAGACCGUACGGCCGAGCUGCGACGGUACGGCUUUGCGGGGCGAAGGCUGGGGCCGGUGCAGAUGACUACCGACACCGCGAUCCGCGUUACGAAGACGGUUGUCGAAGAGAGAUUGCCGCUCGAUAAAAUUCCCUACGUCGACUUUCCCGAGCUGCGAUGGAGCCGGCGCGAGAGCACAGAGAUGCCGUUCAGAUAUGUCGCUGAUGCCAACAACGAGCCAAUAAUGCCGGAGGGCAUGCGCGAACUCAUCAAAGCCGACGCUUCACGGGGCUUUGGCGAUAUGCUGUAGCAGUAAAUAAAGAAAAAAAGAAUAAAAACCAAUUUAAUCUGCUUAACAUUAAGUUCACGCUAAAUCCGGUUUGAAACCAAUUCGAGCCGCGCCGUGUCAAAUGAUCUGCUGCCGCGC